UUGAUUGGUCAAUGGUAAACCUGUUGGGCGUGGACGUACAGGCUGAGGGUCUUUUUAUCCUAUAAAUACUGCGCGUGUUAAGGGAGACAAUUAUCGAACAGGAUCAGUCAGCAAUCAUGAGGUCUUUGGUUUUCCUUGUGCUCCUUGGAGCAGCUUUUGCUCUGGACGAUGACAAGAUCGUCGGUGGAUAUGAGUGCCAGCCCCAUUCCCAGCCCUGGCAGGUGUCUCUGAACGUUGGCUACCACUUCUGCGGUGGCUCUCUGGUCACUGAAAAUUGGGUUGUGUCUGCUGCUCACUGCUACCAGUCACGUAUUCAGGUCCGUCUUGGCGAGCACCACAUUGGCAUCAACGAGAAUACUGAGCAGUUCAUCUACUCUGAACGUGUCAUCCGCCAUCCCCAGUAUGACUCCUGGAUGCUUGAUAGUGACAUUAUGCUGAUCAAGCUUAGCUCGCCUGCUAGCCUCAACUCAAAUGUGCAGCCUGUGGGCCUGCCCUCUUCCUGCGCCCCUGCUGGCACCAAGUGCAUAGUAUCCGGCUGGGGAAACACCAUGAGCUCUACUGCUGAUAAAAACAAGCUCCAGUGUCUGGAAAUCCCAAUCUUGUCUGACAGCGACUGUAACAACUCCUACCCCGGCAUGAUCACAAGCACCAUGUUCUGUGCUGGAUACCUGGAGGGAGGAAAGGACUCUUGCCAGGGUGACUCUGGUGGCCCUGUGGUGUGCAAUGGCCAGCUUCAUGGUGUUGUGUCCUGGGGUUAUGGAUGUGCUGAGAAGAAUCAUCCUGGUGUCUACAGCAAGGUCUGCGUUUUCAGCCAGUGGCUUCAAAACACCAUGAGCGCAUACUAAAGUGGAUCCAAAAACACACCUUCAAAGUCACAUGUUACCUCCAAUUCUGCAAUCCAUCAAAAAAAAAUUGUAUUGGAGAUAAAAACAAGUGAAAAUAAAAGAUUAAAAAACAA